AGCACCGACUGGUAACCAGCCCGUUCCGCAAGCGUGAACAGCACACCCUGCAGGAUUUAAGGAAGAGGGUUGGUGAAAAAUUAUCGAUUUUUCCAAGUUGGUGCGAGUUUGUCAGUGCGCUGUGGUUCGUGCUGGGGUUUUUUGGUAGAUUAUGAACCGGUUUGGUGGUGAUUAAUUGCGGACGAGCUGAAGAAGUGAAGAACGGGUUUGCGCAGAUCUUGGUGAAACAUGAGUGGACGCUCCAAACGCAGUGGAUCUGACGGAAAUUCUUUCAACAUGUGGGUGUCCACGAAUAAGGUGCUUAUUGGGUCGGUGGGUGGUCCCAAGAAACCGCACUGCCGUAAUCCGAACUUUGACUGCGAAGAAACGAAGCUGUUGAUAUCGCUAUGGGGCGAUCCUCAGGUCCAGAAGACGCUUGUAACAACGCACAAGAAGCAUCCGGUUAUUGCCAAGUUGGGGGAAAAGAUGCGCGAGUACGGAUACAGUCGGUCAACGGAAGAGAUUAAUACCAGGAUUAAGAAUCUCAAAUGCUUUUACAACCGUAUCAAGAAAGAUCUUGACACCGGGGUCAUAAACGAGACCUCUUGGAAGCACUUUCAAGCUAUGGACGAGAUUAUGACGAGACCGAUUUUCGGAAACAACCAGCAGCUUUUGAGUCAGGAAGGUGAAGCGGGACCCUCAACGGGCAAGCAAUCUUCGGAUCAUGUUGCGGUCAAGCUUGAGUUGGUGACUGACGACGAUAAAGAAAUCAGGACCGACGAGUUGCUCAAAAAUGCAGAACAAGUCGAGCUGAAAGAGCCCAACCUGCUUAUCCCAAAGGAUGAACCCAUGGAAGACGAUGAUCCUAAUGAUCCGGAUUUUGAAAAUGAUGGCGAUGACGAGGAAGACAGCCCCAGCGAAGAAAGUGACGAAUCGGACUUUGACAUAGACGACGAACGUCGAAAGGCACGACUGCGCAGAAGAGUAUCGCGUAAAGCUUCCAAAUCGACCAAAACACCGGCAACUGCAGCAGCUUCGACUUCAACACUGGUGCCGACUGCUGCAUCGUCCUCGAUCACUACAACUGCUACGUCCACCGCGACUGUGACCGUGUCCGCAGCACCAAUUCAAACACCUACUGGAUCAAUCAAAAUAAUCAACUACGCCGGCAAACCGGGCAUCAACAUCUCGACGAUAGUCUCCAAUCCAAACGUGAUUUCCGCUUCCAGCGCGCAAAACAUGACCAUUGUAUCGGCUACCCCAACAAGCACCACAAACAGUGCCGCUGGCAAGAUCUCCCUCGUACCGACCAACUUCCUGCUCAAACCCCAAACUCCCAACAUUCCAAACGUCAACUUCAACUCCCCAAUCCAACUGUACACCAAACCAACCGUCUCAAUCUCCGGUACCCUCCCCGCUCCGGCAACCGCAAUUGCUUCUUCCGGCGCCACAGCCGUCCAGCAGCCGAUGAAGUUCCUGUUCGUCAACACCGCCGGCAACCAAAAACAACAGCUGAUAACAACCGCAGGUCCCAAGCAGGUCAUCGCCCCAACCCCGCUCGUACGAACAACCCCAGCUCAAACCCCGAUCGCAAUCCAACCCAAACCGGUCAUCACAGCAGCCACCAGCCUCAUGACGAUGUCCCAAAAGAAGCUCCCGACCGACCUCCAACCACCAAGCUCCACCACCUCCUCAGUCACAAUAACCCCGAUACCCGCCAAACAACCCGGAGGCUUCAAAAGCCUUCUGUCACAGCUGGUAUCGCUGCAGCGGGAAAGUCUCGCCCUGUCCAGGACGCGGAUGAACGUCGAGCGUGAGCGGUUCGCCAACGAGAAGCAGAUCGCCUGCUCGCUCGUUGAAGCGCUGAACGAUCUGAACAGCAUGCUGCAAACGUACAGUAGCACCGUUAGCGUGCCGGCGGAUGAAGACGGUGGCGAGGAUGAAGCUAACGGAGGAAGUCAGUCUUUUCGAUUUGCCAACGAGGAAAUAGCCAUGGAGGAGGAGGAGUCGGUGAAGGAUGCUGACGCUAGUCAGGAUAGUCCGCCGGUUAGCAAUAUGAUACCGGUUUGUGACACCAUCAAGGCGGAGGUUAUCAGUGAUUCGGAUUAGGAAGUAUGUGUGUAAAAGCUGUGUAAUUUAUUGAUAUUAUGUGUAAUUUAUGUAACCAAAUUGAUAUUUAUUAAGUAGAAACAUCAUGUAGAACGUCAUUCAAUAAAUAAAUAAAAUACGAAUU